CAAUUGGAAUCCGCGCCUCCGGACGAAAAGAACCCAUCCAUCGCCCCGUUCCUAUUCCCCAUCCCCCGCCACCGCACUACAAGUCUAAAACCCUCGGCUCUGUCACAGUCCCCGCUUUCCCUAGGGUUUACGUGUUCUCUUUGGUCCGAUGGCUUCCGACACCCUCGACGAGGACGGAUCUCCUCCGGCGGAAGCGGCGAGGGAUCCGGUGGAGGAGGAGGCAGCGGCCGGAGGAGAGGCGAGCAGGGAGGGGAAAAAAGGGGAGGAGGAGGAGGAGAAGGAGGGAAAGAAGGUUGAGGAGAAGCAGAAGCGGAAGAGAAGGGAGGCGGUGGAGAAGGGUGAGGAGCAAGGGACGGAGAAGAAAGAGAGGAAGAGGCGGUCGAUGGCGAGGGAACCCACCACGCCGGUGGAGCGGCCGUCGAGGGAGAGGAAGGCCGUGGAGAGGUACACGGCGGUGUCUCCUCGAAGGACCUCGGCAACGAAAGUUCUUUCCAUCGAGCAGGGUUCUGGAACAAAGCUCAAAGACAUACCCAAUGUGUUAUUCAAGCUGUCGAAAAGAAAGAUAGAUGAGAACCUUCAGAUUCUUCACUCAAUACUUUUUGGAAGGAAAUCAAAUGUACAUUUUCUCAAGAGAAAUGUUUUGCAGUUCUCUGGUUUUGUUUGGGCUGACAACAAGGAAAAACAAAGAGCAAAAAUUAAGGAAAAGCUAGAUAAAUGUAACAAGGAGAAGUUGCUUGAUUUCUGUGAGCUACUUGACCUUCAUGUUCUGAAAGCCACUACCAAGAAGGAAGAAAUCUCCGCAAAGUUAUUGGAAUUCUUGGAAUGUCCUUAUGUUACCAGAGACGUUGUACUUACUGAGAAAGAGAAAGGUAAGAAACGCAAGAGGAGGACAAAGGGAAUUCAGCAGACAUCAUCUGGAGAAGCAUCGUUGGACAGAGAGACCAAGAGACAAAAAAAGAGUCGCAAAGAAUCAGCUAAACCUGAGAAAGAAGAGGAUGAUGAUGAUGAAGAUGAGGGUGGUUCUACUGAUGUGAAAGAUAUACAUGAUGAUGAUCAGGGGGCUUCGGAGGAAGAGUGUGAACAUGCUAAGAGUGAGCAAGAUGAUGAGGAAGAUGAACCAGGCGAGCCUGUGCCAACCAAGAAAGGAUCUGGGGAGAAGCAGACAAAGAAGAAUAAAGGGCCCAAGAUGGCAGAAAAGCUUUCACCUUUCAAAAUAGGCUCUUAUGUAAAUUCUAAUAAAACCACCUCGAAAUCAGUUGCUGAGAAGGAAGGUGAAGCACCUGAGGAAAGCAAAAGAGGUUCCAAGGAGUCAACAAAGAGCGGUUCAAAGGCCUCGACAAAGGAGAAAGCUGCAACAGUAAAAAAGAAUUCAUUCACUAAAAGCACCUCAGAAUCUUCUCUAGGGAAAAAUACCAUAGAUGAUAAUGAAUCUGGCCCACCAUCGGCCUCCAAAUCCAGAAAGGAAAAUAAAAGGAUGGGCCAGGGAAAGGAGAUUCCUGCAACUGUGGAUAAGGCAAGCAAAAAACAAGCUGCUAAGUCUCAGCCAAAAGUUUCUACCAAAAAAGAAGGAAAGACCAAGGCUAGUAAGGAAUCUAGUAGGGGGCCCAGUACAGAAGAAUUGCAUGCUGUGGUCAGCAAUAUAUUGAAAGAAGUUGACUUCAAUACUGCAACUUUGGCUGAUAUUCUGGGGCAAUUAGGGUCUCAUUUUAAUAAGGACCUAAUGGAUAGGAAGGCUGAGGUAAAGCGCAUAAUUGAAGAUGUGAUAAAUAGCAUGUCUGAUGAUGAUGGUGAGGAAGAUGAAGGUGGUGCAGGGGAUGCUGAGGGAGAAGGUGCAAAGGAAGAAUGAGAUGGAGAUGGUGACAAGUAGCUUGCCCAGAGUGUUCAGUAACUUAUCAGGACCCAUUACCUAGACUGUUCAGUAACUUAUCAGGCGCCAUUGCAGUGUGUUCGUUGGUUAUGCCAUAUAGUCUAAUGCUUCCGUUGGGGAAGAGGUUGCAUUGACCUGAUGGAGGUGUACGAAGAUCAUAUGGGAUGGCUUCAACCAUUUCGUAUGGAUGGAUACCUCUUUAACUGCUGUGUCAGAUAUGUUUAGUGUUCUUAGUCUUUUAGUUCAAUGUACAUUAGUCUUCUUGUUUUUUGCUUUUUUAUAUGUAGAUUAUAUUCGUUUAGGUGGCUGGUCUCCUUAUUCUUCUCUGUUGUUUUUUUCUUUAUUGCCCUUUACUAGCACAUUUCCUCCUUACAUUUGCCUGCUUUUCAAUGUCGUGUCAUGAUUGAUGUUUUCUGUUAUUCAACUCCACAAGACCUGCCAAGUGCGGAGGUUGUGCUUUGUUGUCACUUUCAAUGGGCUCGGUACAGGUACGUUCUCUCAUAGCUGUCUCCAAAACAGGGUUCAAUUUCUCAUGGAAAUAAAGAAAGGAGCGGAAUUUCCUGUGCA